AUGCGGCGUCUCUUCUUGUUUGCUCCGUUGCUCCUUCUGUACUGCACCCUUGUCACUCUUGCUGUGACAGAGCACCACCGCUGCAUAUCUGAUACUGUUGCUUUGCGUGCUGGUCCCACAAUGUCCAUGGAUAUUUUCAUGAAAAUUACGGAAAAAAGGCAAGCUCAAAUAACUCGUUUUGCACAAGAUCAACCACUUCCCGCGGUCAGAGAAGAGCAAGUUGGGGAAGGAUGGAAACCGAUUCGUAUUAAACUUGUAACUGGUACUUUGAAAAGGGAUGGACAUUACUGUGGUGAAAAAGGUAAUAAGAAUCCGAUUAUAACCUUAUUGAAUAAAGAAUAUACUUGCACAGAUGAUGAUGUUUUGACGCCAGAGAAAGAGCAUAUUCUUGUUAAAGAGAUUCUUCCUGAGGCAAUUAAACUGCACGAGGAACGCCUUUUUGUUGAGCCUUUGAAGGGUCCUAUCGUCGUGCCGCAGUUCUCUAAGAAUGAUGGUCUUUGCUAUAAGUUCAUUUCGCAAGAUAAGGAACGGGAGAAAUCCUUCGCCGCUGACAUGGUGCUCUUUGUUGCUGCAGAGCCGACGCCUGAGGAAACAUUUGCGUGGGCGGCAACAUGUGCGACAUUAGGUCCUGAUGGUCGUCCAGUUGUUGGGAUCAUCAAUUACGGUCCACGGUAUAUUGUGGCCACACCACAGCGUGUCCGCGUUGCUGCUCAUGAGAUUGCCCAU